AUGAGCCAAGCAGACCAAUUCCCAGCAACGGACCCUGCGGUCUACGAAGAGUAUAAAUCCAAAUGGAGCGAAAUCCCUCAGGAUGAACAGGGCUGGCUCACACGUGCUCGCGAGGUGGCCGCGGUGUUAGCCCAAGACGCAGUCAAAAGAGACCAGGAGAAUAAAUCUCCCGCCGCAGAGGUUGCGCUUCUCAAACACUCUGGCCUGCUUAAAAUACUUGGCCCAAAGAAAUACGGCGGCGGUGAGCAGCCCUGGAACGUGGGGUAUAAAGUUAUUCGUGAAGUCGCCAAAGCUGAUGGAUCGAUUGGAAUGCUUCUUGGUUACCAUCUGCUGUGGUCGAGGACAGCCGAUAUUGUCGGUACAACUGAGCAAAGCGAUCGCUUUGACAAACUAGUCCUCACAAACAACUACUUUGUCGGUGGUGCAGUGAAUCCGCGUGAUAAUGAUCUCCGAAUCAGUGUCGACGGCGAGGGUAUCGUCUUCAAUGGAGCAAAGCACUUCAACACCGGCGGUGUCGUUUCUGAUCUCACCGUGCUCGAAGGUGUUGUAGAUGGCACCACUGAUCAUAUUUUUGCGGUCGUGCCAUCCCAGCAAGCCGGAAUACAGUUUGCUCACAACUGGCACAACAUCGGCUUGCGUUUGACAGAAUCGGGCGGUGUGAAGAUUGACAAUGUCCGAGCUCCAUGGGCCGAUGCCCUUGGAUGGGAUGCCGUUGAGCAUAAGCCCUUACCGAACGUCUUACAGAUACACUGGGGAAGUCUGUUGCUUCCGGUCAUACAACUUGUCUUUGGCAAUUUCUAUCUCGGAAUUGCAAUCGGGGCACUGGAAUACGCCUCCAAGUACACCGUGGCCAACACACGCGCCUGGCCAUUUGGCGGAGAUAGUAAACAGUCCCCCACGGAAGAGUUCUACAUCUUGGAGCGCUAUGGAAACUUUUUUGCUCAUCUGCGUGCAGCAGAAGCUCUUGCUGACCGUGCUGGGGAUCAACUCGCUGCUGCAUUUGCUGGGCAUGGUAGUGAUCACACCAAACUCACAGCUGAAGAGCGUGGGGAGGUCGCUGAGUGGGUUGCCAGUGUCAAAGUCGUUGCGACCGACGUCGGGCUUCGUGUGACCUCGGGCGUGUUUGAAGUGACAGGCUCAAGAGCCACGUCGUUGAAGGUGGGACUGGAUCGGUACUGGCGCGAUCUGAGAACACACACGCUCCAUGAUCCAGUUGCAUACAAGAACCGAGAACUUGGUCGAUAUGCCCUUUUGGGAGAGAUUCCUCAGCCAACGUGGUAUACUUAA